UUGGGUGGAAAUCCAUUGCCGGUGGCGUAAAUAGAGUUAUAGUGUGAUACGUUACGUCUUUGCGUAUUAACUGCAUGUUUCUGGGUUAUCUUCUAUAAUUUUCUUGUUAAUAUCGUCAUUUACAACUACCUGUCAAUUUGUUUUGCAAUAAUUUUUGUGAAAAAAAUUAAGAAAAGUUUUAAAGGAAAAUUCCUGUUAAAAGUUCUUUUUUGUUGUUGAUGGUUGAAUACGACUACGACGACACGAAAACGUCGUCGACGACAAAACGAAAUAUAAAGUGUGUGCUUUAGGAGUGUGUUUCACGAGGAUUUAUUUUGUUCUCGUCCUUUAUUUUUUGUUCCGGGGAAUCGACAUGAAGUGCAAAAGUUUGACCCAGUUACAGUGAAAAAUAAACGAGCAAAAUACAAAAAAAAUACAAAAAUAUAUAUGAAAACGAGAGGCAACAGCACAGCGAAAAAAAGGAUUAGAGACCUCUCGAUAGAGUUUUAGUCUUGAUUUUAGUUUUUGUGUUCUAUUUUUGUUUCAUUUUCCGCUUUUUGUUAUUGCAUUGCAUAUGUAUGUAUAUACCUAAAACUACCUAAUAGCUAGUUUAUAGAGAGGAAUAUAGGAGUAUUUGAUAUCCUCCUUUUUUCUGGGCUAAAAGAAAGCCGGUUAAAACUUAAAACUUGCACAGCAUAAAGUGCAAUGCACCAUUAUUGGGAAUGAAGGAAUUUGGAUUAAAGAAUCAUUCCAUCUGGAGAACAAUAGAUUCAACUUGAAAUCCCGUUAAAGCAUUUCACAAUCCCUUAAUCUACCUAGCUUUGCAAUUAAAACUUUCAUUAAACUAAUUAUGUACACAAAAAAUAUACGAAGGGAGUAAAAACAACGAACGAAGAAAAAAAGAACGAAAAUAAAAAAAAUUAAAUUAAAAACUAAAAAAUAGUAAAUAUGGAAUAACAAAACGACUCAAAAGUGCAGCGGUCUAUUAAAAGUUUAUUUGACAGCAUCAGGAGGACGACGUAAAGUAUCUAGAUAAAACUUACUUUAGUUUCUGCUUCUUUAUGCGAACGCUAUAGAAGCGCUACAGGACUAUACCAACUGAUGUUCUGUUACUAGAUAAUGCUUACCUGCCACACAGUGUCAUCAUUUCUAGGAAGCUUUAUGGUUAAAUUGAAUUGCGUUCAUGUGCCCUCUAGUCUUUGAUGCAACAUACACUUCCUUUUCCAUAAUAUAUACUCAUCGUUGUACUUUCUAGGUACCUAUACUUCUCCAAACUAUAGACAACACUGUUUCUCACUCAUCCUUUUGGAGCGAGUUUUUUCCAUUUUGUUUUGUUUUUGGAGCGAAUUGCAACAUCUGCCGCGUUAUCAUUGCUAUCAACAGAGUGCGCAGAAAAGCUUGAAACAGACACAUUCCAUCUUUUGCACAUCACACAGAGGAAGGAGUCUUUAUAGGAAGCGACUAUACACAUAGCUGCAGUCUAUACAGGAUACCGUAUGCACAUAAAGGUGUGAAGUUGUGGUGCACUUACUUAUAUGUAUAUAUCUUGGCACCUAUCUAUAAAAGCGGAUGGUAUAUACCUUCUCCACCCCAUUUUUACCUAGCGAAGCCGUUAAAAAGGACACAUUUCAUCCUUUACCGCAAAAACUGGCAACAGCAGUUGCAUCAGCGACAGUCCUCGUAGUAAAUUGCUUUCACACUUGAGUGAAGUGGCUCAAAAGGACACUUCUUUAAACACUUCAAAUGGAGAAACACACUGAAAGCAGAGGCAGUGGGUGGCAGUCGCAAUAGUAUCAGUGCUAGUAGUUAUAGUAAAAAAAGGACGAACCUGGAAAGGAGAGGCAUGUGAAUACGUAACAAAAAAAAGACAAACAAUUUUCGUAUACCUUCCUGUGCUUAUUGGAUUCUUUUUAUUACAUUUUUUCCAAAAAAAAAAAACAAAAUAAAGAAGGAAUAUACAUUACAAAAAAAAACGGUUUCCAUACAAUUUUCGAAUGAAACCUUAGGACCUGUAAUCAAUUUUACGGUACAUUGCAUAUAAUUUAACGAAAUAAAUAUAAACAUCAGUGUAACUACGAAAUUUCUCUUGAUUUUUUCGCUUUUUUGUUGUUGUACUUUUCCUUUUUGUAUAAAUAAAAAUAAACAAAUUGGAAAAUAAAAGGACGACGAAAUAACAACAAUAAGAUGCCAAUUAAAAUGGAAAUACAAUUGAGAGGAUUGGAAGCAAUCGUGAUAUGGAUGAUUACGUUGUUCAUUUUUGUACCCGAAUUCAUCGUUGGACUGAAGGACGUAUCAGUGACCAUUCCACAAGCAGUUCGACGAGGUGGCAAUGCACUUUUCAUAUGUAAUUACGACAUGGAAAACGACACUCUAUAUUCUGUAAAAUGGUACAAAGGACGAAGGGAAUUUUAUCGAUACACCCCAAAGGAAAAUCCGGCUAUGAAAACUUUUCCAUCUGCCGGAAUAAAUGUUGAGAGAAAUCUCUCCAAUCAAAGCCACGUGGUCCUCUUGGCCGUACCACUGAGCAUAUCUGGGAAAUUCACAUGCGAAAUUUCCGUUGAAGCCCCAUCAUUUCUCACCGCUAUGAUGUCCGGUGAAAUGGAAGUUGUGGAACUGCCAGAACAACGACCGAUAGUGACAGGAAUUCACUCAAGAUAUCGACUGGGCGACUUAGUUGACGGGAAUUGCUCAAUUAAAUUCUCAAAACCGGCAGCCAAUUUGACAUGGACGAUUAAUGGUGUUGUGGUACCUCCCCAUCACAUUAAAAUGCAUCAAAUUGAAAAAUAUCCUGAGGACAAUUUGGAAUCAGUUUUUAGUGAAAUUGGUUUUAUGGUAACAACUCAACACUUUAUAAAAGGACAAAUGAAGCUAAAAUGUACUGCAUCAUUGUUCAAUAUCUACCAUGAAGAAGUUGAAAAACUCAUCGAAGAAGAUCGUCCAAGGAUAAUGGCAUCAGGUCGUUCAUUUGAUAUGAACGCAUAUCCAUAUGAUCAACAAUCCAGCGGUGAUUUCGAGGACCACAAUGAGUCAUACCUUACAUACCAUUCAGCAGCAGCAGCUGAUGCCUCAUCCUCAGCCACGACAAUAUCAUCAUCAAAUUCUCGUAAAGGAUUAAGAGCAGCAGCAGGACAUCUAGUGUCUCUUCUACAUCGACUUGUUGUGUCCACAUCAUCCACACCAUCCGCAUCAUCAUUGUCAUCAAUAACAAAUGUCAGUAGACGAAUGGUAAAAGGUCAAAUUGAAACUGCUGCGGAAACGCCUCCUGCAGCAAGAAGAAUCUUCUGUUUUAUUGUGAUGUCUAUAUCUAUGUCUAUGUCUUCUUUAUCGUCGUCGUCAUCAUCGUUGACUGCACGGGGGACUACGACUACGACGACGACGGCGGUAAUGGCAGUGACUUCUACAGUUACAGUAGAAGCUAAAGCAGGAGCAGCAAAAACUAUGACUGCUAACACCGGUACCCCAUUGCCAUCCGCUUCAGAACAACGAACCGACUACGACAAUGAUGCUCCUAGAGUUUAUGCAUCAACGAUUAUGUUGUUCACAGUCACCGUUAUUGCAGUUGCAGGGGCACUCGCUGUCUUCGUCAUUUUGACUUUCUUUAUGCGAUGGCGAUUUAAUGAUUUCCUGUCAACGGCGAAAGGAUAUUAUCAUUCUCCGCGGCGACAACGCCGCCAUUCAGACAAUGAAAUCGAUACAAAUCGAGUGUUGUCUCCUUCGACAGGACUACUACAACAACGAUUAGGACUACGACUACGACAACCAGAACCAGAACGAGAACGAGAAGAACAUCAACAUGGCCAUCAAAAUCAGAAUCACCAUCAGCAAACGACAAUGACGAUGACGACAACGACGAUAGAAUCCGUGGGCCACCACCAUCAUCACUGCCACCAUCGAAGUCAACAUCCAAUGGUACCAUCAUCACUGAUGUCGGCCCAGAAACAACCAUCAAGGAUUAAACGGCCUGAAGAGUCCUUCCACUCCUGCUGAUGUUAGAUGAGGCGCACUGCCAAAAUAAAUGUACACGCAAAUAAAGUGCGUUCGGAUAAUAAUUAGCACACAGUCUGAUCAAUCUUUAUUGUAUUUGUAAAAAAAAAUUAAAAGAAUAAACUAAACAAAAUUGCGAAUGAAAGAAAAGCGAAUUAAAAACCUGUUAUGUCUGUUAUAAGUAAUUAAGGAAAUGUGAGAAAAAAAACAAAGAAAAAUCGUAUAAAUAGAAGAAGGAAAAAUUAGUAUUUUAAGAAAAAUAUUGUUGAUUAAAUAAUUUUUAUAUAGAAAACAUAACACAUACAUAAAUGCUUCUCUAAAACAGUCGCUCUAUAAAUUUAGAAAUAUAAAAUAAAGUAGGAAAGUACGUUUUGUAAGAAAAAUUUAAUUUUGAAACAUAAUGUAAGGCUUAUAAAAAAAUGUUAUUUAUAUAUGCUCAAAUAAAAUUAAAAAAAAUAUAUAUAUAAAUAUAUAUGUAUUCUAAUCUAUGAUUAGUGUUGUGCAAGCUGUCUUCCUUAAGUUUAGAAUGGUUAGCGAAAGAAAUUAAAAAAAAAAAAUAAUGCUUCUUUACUCGUAAUAUAAAAUAAAAUCAAAAUCUUGUAAAAUGUAA